AUGGAUAUUGGAAGUAAUCCUAGUAGUAGUGAUAGAAAUGAGAAUCCUACCUCCAAUUCCAAUGAUCCCCCUCCUAGUGGUAAUGAUUCAACAUAUGAGGCCCCAUCUAUGCGUGGAAAAACUGAUCCUGCUUGGGCACAUGUUGCCUUAAGAAAAGAAGGCAAGAAAAAUAUAUAUACUUGCCUUUAUUGUGCAUCAAGCUAUGGAGGAGGUGGGAUUAACAGAAUGAAGCAACAUCUUGCUGGUGUAAGUGGUCAAGUAGCUUCUUGUAAAAAAGUUCCUCAUGAUGUACGUCACAGAAUGGUAGAGUCUUUGAAAGGUGGGAGAAAAAGGAAGGUUGAUGAUAGAAAAGAACAAGAACAAGAACAAGUAGACAUAGGGGACCUUGAAACUAAUGAUCCAAUUGCUCCUACUCCAAUUAAGAUAGUCCCUGAGAGAGGUGCCAAUAAGAGGCAAGCUUCUACUAUUUCAGUUGAGAAUUAUUUUGCCCCUAGGACAACUCCUGGUUCCCAGCCUGGCAUCAAAAGUGUGUUUGCAACAAAAGAAGCACAGUACAAUGCAAAAAUGGCUAUUGCUGAAUGGGCUAUCAUCAAUUGCAUUCCAUUUAAUGCAUUAGAUUGCCCUUCAUUUCAAAAAGCCAUAGAUGCUAUUGCUUCUAUUGGGCCAGGGUUUAAAGCCCCUAAUGCUUAUGAAUUUAGAGUCAAUUUGUUGACAGAUUGGAAAAAAGAAUGUCAAUUACUUAUUGAGAGUCAUCGGGCUAAAUGGAAAAACACUGGAUGUACACUCAUGGCUGAUGGUUGGACAGAUGUGAGGCAGCGAACUUUGAUUAAUUUCUUAGUCUAUUCUACACAUGGAAUGGUUUUUGUGAAAUCUGUUGAUGCAUCAGAUUUGGUAAAAGAUGCUAGGACUUUAUUCUCGUUGUUCUGUGAAGUGAUUGAGUGGGUUGGUCCUAAGAACAUUGUUCAUGUAGUGACUGAUAAUGCUGCAAAUUAUGUAGCAUGUGGCAAGUUGAUUAAGGAAAAAUAUAAAAAUAUUUAUUGGUCACCUUGUGCUGCUCAUUGUUUGAACCUUACUUUAAAAGAUAUAGCAAGCUUGGACAAUGUGUCAGCACUUGCAACUAAGGCAUCAAAGAUAACUGUUUUUGUUUAUAAUCAUAUGAUCUUGUCAUGGCUAAGGAAAAUAUCGGGUUGGAAAGAAAUUGUACGUCCUGAUAAUGGCUUUUGGGGUGAUUGCUUAGAAAUUGUGAAGGUUGUAUCUCCUCUUAUAAAGUUGUUGAGAAUUGUGGAUUCAGAUGAGAAGCCUUCUUUGCCUUAUGUUUAUGAAGGCAUGCAAAGGGCAAAAAAAGCAAUUAAGGCAACAUUCAACAAUAAGAGAGAUUAUUACAAGCCUUACACAAGCAUUAUUCAAGCUCGAUGGGAUAAGCACUUUAAGACAAAUCUUCAUGCAGCGGCAUAUUUGUUGAAUCCUGCAUUCUUGUAUGAUGAGAAUUUUGUUCACAAGAGAAGGUUAAUGGAUGCAAUGCUUGAUGUGUUUGAGUCAAAUGAAAGUGAAGAAAUUGAUUAUAUUGUAAUGAUGAAGCAAUUGAGCUUGUAUCGUGAUCGUAAAGAAUCUUUUGACAAAACUUCAUGUGAAAGAGCAGCUCAGAAAUUAGAUCCUUGUUCUGUUCCAGAAUUGCAAACUCUUGCAAUGCGUAUUCUUAGCCAAACUUCUUCUUCUUCUGGCUGUGAAAGAAAUUGGAAAGAGGAAGAGCCAGCUCCUGAGUUUGAUUCUCAAGAAGUUGCAAAUCUUGAAAGUGUCAUUCACAAUGAAACCAUAGCUACUCCAUUAAUCCUUGAGAGGGAUUAUGAAGGUGAUGAAUAUAUGAAUGUUCAAGAGCCCCCAUCUUUGCCUGAUGUUGCUAGUGGUUCUGGUUUUUCUCAUUCCAGUCCUAAUGUCUCAAUGCCUGGAGAUUUGAAUGAAGUUAAUGAUGACUUUGGUGUUGGUCAAUAUUAG